AUGCAACUCGUAAAAUUUAUCAUCGCUUGCCUGUUAAGUGAUCUAUUCGCAUCGGUUGGUGCAGUAAUAAAUCGAGAAAACUUAGAAGCUCAAGAAUUUCCUCUUAGCUUAGAUUGGAGAAGCAAAGGUGUUAUAGCACCUAUUUACGAUCAAGGAACAUCUCCAGAUGUUGUCGCCAUCGUUAUGGUUGAAACCAUCGAGAGUCUACAUGCAAUCAAAACCGGAAAUCUCAUCCGUGGAAGUGUAGCACGUGUUAUCGAUUGUUGUCAACAAUACACAAUUGAUUAUGAAUGCAUUGCUAGACUAGGUGGAAUAUGUCGUGAUUCAGAUUAUCCUACUACACGUGGUACGUGUGAGCCGAACGCCUGUACUCCUUUUUCAACAUUCGAUAAACUUGUUGUUUUUCGUGGAUUGGAUGAUGAACAACUCUUGCCUUUCAUCCAAAAUGCAACACUACUCGUCAGUAUUGAUGCGGAAAGCUUUAAUUUUCUAGAUUACUCAGGCGGAAUCUUCCAAGAUCAGACUUGUUCCUCGACCAGCAUUGAUGAUGUAUUACAAUUGGUUGGUUAUGGUCAAAACGAGAUGAAUGAACCAUUUUGGAUUGUUAAAAAUAGUUGGGGAAGAAAUUGGGGUGAAGAUGGGUAUAUUCGAAUUCUGCGCGGUAAAAAUAUUUGUGGUAUUGCUACGCAAGUCUAUCAACCGUUGAUUCUAUCUAAAACGACUACACCACCGAUGCCUACAACGACACCAUCAACAGCUUCGCGGCCAUUCUAUCUACAAGUUUCGCUUCUUUGGAUGUUAUUUUUUUUUACUUUUCAUGAGAACAUUUUUUUUAAUUGGUUUUAA